AUGGCCACUUUCCAGCUCAAUGCGGCUGGUCUUAGAAAGUUUGUUGACGUUUUGCUCAAUGGCCAUGAAGUUCGCCUACAGUUGGACACUGCCACAGACAUCACCAUCAUCUCUGAGAGACUCUGGCUGUCCCUUGACAGCCCCGAGAUCCAGCGGACUUCCCAGUCCGCCACAAGCGCGUGCGGUGGUCUCGUACAGCUAAUUGGGCAACUGCAAUGCUGUAUCUCGUUCCGCGGUACCAGCAUCACUGCGAUCUGCUACAUCACCAAGUCUGAUCUCAACCUACUUGGUCUCGACUGGAUUGAACUACUCGGUGUGGCCGAUAUGCCUCUCCGUCCUGUUAGCGGUCAGGUGCAGAUUCCUGCUCUGCUUGCAGACCAAGCCAAGGACAUUCUCCAACGGUUAGCUCCAGUGUUCCAAGACGGUCUGGGUCGUUGCACGUACACUCAAGCCGUGCUAGAUCUUUCUCCCGGAAGUCAACCGGUCUUCCGUCCAAAGCGACCAGUCUCAUAUGCAGCCCUAUCACUUGUCGAGGCUGAACUGAAGCGUCUGGAGGAACUGGGAGUUCCUGUAUCCUACUCCGCCUGGGCCGCUUCAAUAGUUGUGGUUAAGAAGCCCAAUAGCUCGAUCCGCAUUUGUGCUGACUUUGCUACCGGUCUCAAUGCCGCGCUACGCCGAACUGCUAUCCAAUGCGGGUUCCGGCUGAUCUUUUCACCCUGCUGA